AUGUAUCCAGACGAAGUGUCCAGGGACCGAGGAUUUCGUUUCUGCUCCCCGCGGUCUCUGCGAAAACAACAGGAGCAACCGCGGUCUCAGGAGCGACAAAACACGGACGAGUUGAGCGAUGCGGAGACCGAGCCGUAUCGUGUUUACCAUCCCCGACCCUCUAAACGAAGGAGUGCGAAGGUCUCCCCGUCUGAAUCAGGACCCGAUAAGAAGCUCAGAGUGGGAGACUCAAUGUGGACCAAGGGAGAGGUAUGCAAUUGGAGGCGCAACGUUCCCCAAGGAGCAGAACCGGAAGCCAGUCGAUGUAACGAUGAGGAGGGCGUCUAA